AUUCCUUAGACAUAACACUGUCGGACUGAGCAGCCCAUCCCCUUUCUACAGAUCACUGCAGUGACGAGGAUCUGCAGCAGCGGUGAUGAAGCUCUAUAAAGGGCGUGUUUGGUUUCACAUUUAAAGUAACGGGGCUUUAAAACGAAACGGAUUUAUUUCGCGUGUUUUUACUGAAUAAAUAUACACCUUCAAGCGAAGAUGUAUGUGUGUGUGAUCCUGCAGAUUCUCUUCAGCUUUAUGGAAUCUCGUACAGGAUGAAACGUCUCCAGGUUACGAACCUAACCAUAGUUCCCCGAGGGAACGAGACGCUGCGUCAAAACGCUUUGGGAACGCCCUUAGAAGCAGAAGGGGAACACAAGGAGAGCCGAGUCAAUGAACCAAAGCAAUUACAGGUGGUUGGUCCAGCAGCUUCUCUUGUUGUUGUAGCUGGUGAAGAUCUGGUUCUGCCAUGUUUUAUCAAAUCCAACUCCAGUGCUGUGGACAUGAGAGUGGAGUGGUUCAGACUGAAUGUAGAGGACUCAUUAGUGCAUCUCUAUAAGGAUCAUGAAGACAGAAAUGAAGAUCAGGCUCCGUCAUACAGGAAAAGAACAUUACUGUUUAAAGAGGAGCUACAGAAAGGCAACGCUUCACUCAAACUCUCAGCUCUCAGAGUCUCUGAUGAAGGACAAUAUAAGUGUUUUAUUGCAGACAAAUCACAAUCUGAUGACAUCAUUGUGAAUGUUAUUGUUGAGGCUCAGGGAAGCCAGCCAGUGAUCAUGAUGGAGAAUUAUGAUAACUCAGGAGGAAUUUAUUUAGUGUGUGAGUCCAGAGGCUGGAACCCUGAACCUGAGAUUCUGUGGCUGAACAGAGAAGGAGACACUCUGCCUGCUGAAGACACACAGAUACACAGAGACACUGAGGGCUUCAGUGUGAAACACAGCAUCACUGUUUAUGAUUAUAGCGACUCCAACAGAUUUUACUGCAGAGUUCAACAAAUUCAUCACAUGAAGGAGACAGAAAUUGUUAUUAAUAAUAAAGUCUUUAAUGUUUGGAAGUGGAUUGUCGGCGUUUCAGUUUCAUCAUGUCUUAUUGCUGUUGGAUCGAUUAUAACUGCAGUUAUCUGUUACAAGAAAGAGCUUCAAAAGCAGAAGCAAAAAGCAGAGUUUUUAAAGAAGUUGUUUGCAGUGGAUGUGACUCUGGAUCCUGAUUCUGCACAUCCAAAUCUCAUCCUGUCUGAUGAUGGAAAACAAGUGAGAUGUGGAGACAAAGAAAAGAAUGUCACUGAUACUCCACAGAGAUUUACUUAUUAUCCUGCUGUUGUGGGAAAUCAGAGUUUCUCCUCAGGGAGAUUUUAUUUUGAGGUGCAGGUCAGAGGGAAAACUCACUGGAUAUUAGGAGUCGUAAGUGAAAAUAUUAACAGGAAGGAGGGGAUUCUACAGAGACCUCAGAAUGGAUUCUGGACUGUGGGACUGUGGGGGCGGUCAGUAUGAGGCUCAUGCUGAUCCUGAUGUCUUCCUCACACUGAGAGAGAAGGUGGAAAAGUUGGGGGUAUUUGUGGAUUAUGAUGAGGGUCUGGUCUCCUUUUAUGAUGUGAACUCCAGAUCUCAUAUCUACUCUUU